UGCAGAGGGACCCCUUUCAUUCUCCUUUUCUUUGCCUCACUCCUACUCCACAGCGCUCUGUCCAUAAGGGAGGGGUGAAAGAAAGAGAGAGUGAGUGAGUGAGUGAGUGAGAGAGCACAGACUCGAGGUGUGGAAUUCUUGGGCAGACAUCGCAACCAUUACACCUCUUCCUACUGUUCUGCCUCAGUCACUGUCUGUGGAAAAGGGCUAUUAUUUACUGCAAACGGAGGACUCCUUCAACAGAAGCCAAAAGAAAGGGGGAGAAAGAGUGGAAAAAAGAGUGAGAGAGAUAAGAAAGAGAAAGAGAAGAACUAAAGCAACAACUGGACAGCCGGAGCAAACUGACUGCCCUCCCUGUUUAAAAGAAAGGAAGGAAAACGGAAGGCACUGGAGUAUUUGUUUUUUUCUUUCGUUUUGUUUUUUUCUUCUUUCUCAUCGUGGUGCUGGGAGGCACAUCAUCCUUUCAGUUGUUCGCUCUCUCCAUCAUUUGCCUCCUGAUCUAUUUCUCCAUUUAUUUGGUGUAUAAUUUUGUCUAUUUAUGACGAGGCAGGGGAGAAGAGAAAGAAGGGGCAAGUUUUUUUCUUUUAUUUACUCUCGUUUUUGACUAUUUAUGACCCCCUUCAUUCCCUCACCUGUCUCUCCUUCCCAUCCUCUCCUCAGAUCAUCCCCUCCACCCCUCCCUCCAUCCUUUCAUCUGGAAAGUGUGAUGCUCCUUGAAUGAAAGUUGGUUGGAAUUGCGAAAGGAUCUCACAAGCCAUCUCCUUAUCGUUUUUUAAUUCUUUUUCUUUCUCUUUUUUUUCCUCUUUCUCUCUUUUUUUUAAACAGUUCUUUUUAUCCUCCACCAUCUACCCUCACGUAUCACUCUUUUUUUCCCUGGAUGCUUUAAUAUUCUUCUAGUGUCAUGAGAAGGACUCGGUCCUGAAGGACUUAUGUGGAUACCUGAACCAAUGACAUUAUAAAACCAGACAGCACUUCUACAAGCCUCUUACUCCUGAACUCUGCUGGACAUCGAGAUACUCCAGAGUUUGUGGACUUGUUCACAGAUGAAAAUGAACUUUUAGUCUAACCAAGAAACUCUUUAUCUUCUCUUUUUUCAUUUUAAAUGACAUUUUGUAGGCCUAUCUUUGUCCUGCUUAAUUAUCAACUUUAAUAUCAAUUUCUUUGAUUUGAUAUAAGACUUUUAACUUUUCUUGAGUGACUGAACAUCAUUCAUAUAGCUCAAACCUUACUUGUCUUUAAUUUUGUCUUCAUUUCUGAGCCAGGCAUCUUCCUUACUUUUCUUGAGUGACAUUUCUUAAUAGUUUUGAUUCAGUGUAGCCUGUGCUCAGCCAUCCAGCCUGGAGUUUACUUUUGUCCACGGUCUUUACACCACCCCUACUUUUUCUUACCAAUCCCUCAAACUACUUCAACGGGCAGUAACUCCUUUAUCCAGGGCUAUGAGAGGACGAGACAAGACCCAGCUCACAUCAUCAUGCAGGAGUUGAGGAGAGACAAUGGGAGUUGGGCUGGCAAUGUUCAAGGGACUGUAUCUUCACUCCUCCGCCAUGCUUGUCAGCCUCCACCUCUCCUCUUCCCCUUUCUCCGACUGCCGCGUCCUGUCUUUCGUCUCCCUUGUUUCCUCUUUCAAACUGCCCCUCUCCAUCUCGCUCCUUCUCCUCUCGCUCUUCUUCUUCCCCACCUGCGAGUCUCGCCGCGGAGGUGGGAUCGGGACACCCACCGGAGGCAUGAACAGCCAAUCGAUUAUCAGUCCUCCUCAUUAUCCACCACCAGGAGUCAGUCCAGUGGGUCCUCCCAUGUCACCAAAGUUUGCUCAAGGCCUUAGCAUCGCGGUGAUCCUAGUGGGAAACUCCAGCGAGGUGUCGCUUUCUGAAGGUCUGGAGAAAGAGGACUUUCUACACGUGCCUCUUCCUCCCAAAGUCGAGCUGGUCACCAUGAACGAAACCGACCCCAAGAGUAUCAUCAACCGCAUCUGUGCUCUGAUGUCACGCAACUGGCUCCAGGGUGUGGUGUUCGGGGACGAUACCGAUCAGGAGGCCAUCGCCCAGAUAUUGGACUUCAUCUCGGCUCAGACGCACAUUCCCAUCCUGGGUAUCCGUGGAGGGUCUUCCAUGAUCAUGGCUGCCAAGGAUGACCAUUCCAUGUUCUUCCAGUUUGGUCCCUCUAUCGAGCAGCAGGCCUCUGUUAUGCUGAACAUAAUGGAGGAGUAUGAUUGGUACAUUUUCUCCAUCGUCACCACCUACUACCCUGGACACCAGGACUUUGUCAAUCGGAUCCGGAGUACUGUUGAUAACAGUUUUGUCGGCUGGGAGCUGGAAGAGGUGUUGCUGUUGGACAUGUCAGUGGAUGAUGGAGACUCGAAGAUCCAGAACCAAAUGAAGAAGCUCCAGAGUCCUGUUAUACUGCUGUACUGCACUAAAGAAGAAGCCACCACCAUUUUUGAAGUGGCACAUUCUGUCGGCCUCACUGGUUAUGGCUACACCUGGAUUGUACCAUCUUUGGUGGCAGGGGAUACAGAUAAUGUGCCCAAUGUCUUUCCAACAGGGUUGAUCUCUGUCUCUUAUGAUGAGUGGGACUACGGCCUGGAGGCUCGAGUGCGUGAUGCUGUAGCCAUAAUCGCCAUGGCAACCUCCACAAUGAUGCUGGACCGGGGUCCUCACACGCUGCUGAAGUCCGGAUGCCACGGCGCACCUGACAAAAAAGGCAGCAAGUCAGGAAACCCCAACGAGGUGCUGAGGUAUCUCAUGAAUGUGACGUUUGAAGGACGCAACCUCUCCUUCAGCGAGGAUGGUUUUCAGAUGCAUCCAAAGUUGGUUAUUAUACUGUUAAAUAAGGAGAGGCAGUACGAAAGGGUUGGUAAAUGGGAGAACGGUUCUCUGGCGAUGAAGUACCACGUGUGGCCCCGCUUCGAGCUGUACUCGGACGCAGAGGAGCGCGAGGACGACCACCUGUCCAUCGUCACACUGGAGGAGGCUCCGUUCGUUAUUGUGGAGGACGUUGAUCCCCUCAGCGGCACCUGCAUGAGGAAUACAGUCCCCUGCCGAAAACAGCUCAAACUCCAAAAUCUGACAGGAGAUUCAGGGAUCUACAUUAAACGCUGUUGUAAGGGCUUCUGUAUAGACAUCCUCAAGAAGAUCGCCAAGUCUGUCAAAUUCACCUACGAUCUCUACCUGGUGACCAAUGGGAAACACGGCAAGAAGAUCAACGGCACAUGGAACGGAAUGGUUGGAGAGGUGGUGCUGAAGAAUGCCCACAUGGCAGUGGGGUCUCUGACCAUAAACGAAGAGAGAUCAGAGGUCAUUGACUUCUCAGUACCCUUCAUUGAGACCGGGAUCAGUGUCAUGGUAUCUCGUAGCAAUGGCACAGUGUCUCCAUCUGCCUUUUUAGAGCCCUUCAGCGCUGAUGUGUGGGUAAUGAUGUUCGUUAUGCUGUUGAUAGUUUCAGCCGUGGCCGUCUUCGUCUUUGAGUACUUCAGUCCUGUCGGCUAUAAUCGCUGCUUGGCAGACGGACGAGAGCCUGGCGGUCCCUCCUUCACCAUCGGAAAAGCUAUUUGGCUUCUUUGGGGUUUGGUCUUCAAUAACUCUGUCCCCGUGCAAAACCCCAAAGGCACUACUAGCAAAAUCAUGGUCUCGGUCUGGGCCUUCUUCGCUGUGAUUUUCCUGGCCAGCUACACUGCCAACCUGGCUGCAUUCAUGAUUCAAGAGGAAUAUGUGGACCAGGUGACUGGCCUGAGCGAUAAAAAGUUUCAACAUCCGAAUGACUUCUCCCCUCCGUUCCGCUUCGGUACUGUGCCCAAUGGCAGCACCGAGAGAAACAUAAGAAACAACUACAAGGAGAUGCACAGUUAUAUGACCAGCUUCCAUCAGAAGAAUGUAAACGAGGCCCUUCACAGCCUGAAGUCGGGUAAAUUGGAUGCAUUCAUCUAUGAUGCAGCGGUCUUGAACUACAUGGCCGGACGUGAUGAGGGCUGUAAGCUGGUGACCAUUGGCAGUGGUUAUAUCUUCGCUACUACAGGGUAUGGCAUUGCCAUUCAGAAAGACUCAGGCUGGAAGAGAGCAGUGGACCUCGCCAUUCUGCAGCUCUUUGGAGAUGGUGAGAUGGAGGAACUCGAGGCCCUGUGGCUGACUGGCAUCUGCCACAAUGAGAAAAAUGAGGUGAUGAGCAGUCAGCUGGAUGUGGACAACAUGGCCGGUGUGUUCUACAUGCUGGGAGCUGCAAUGGCCCUGUCCCUUAUUACGUUCAUAGCAGAGCACCUCUUCUACUGGCAGCUGCGAUUCUGCUUCAUGGGUGUGUGCUCGGGCAAGCCUGGCAUGACCUUCUCCAUCAGCAGGGGGAUCUACAGUUGUAUCCACGGUGUUCAGAUUGAAGAGAACAAAUCAGCCCUUAACUCACCAUCAGCCACUAUGAAGAUGAACAUGAACAACACCCACUCCAACAUUCUCCGCUUGUUGCGUACUGCCAAAAACAUGACCUCUGUGCCUGGGGUCAAUGGUUCACCUCACAGCGCACUGGACUACAGCCACCGUGAAUCAGCCGUUUAUGACAUCAGCGAACACCGGCGCAGCCUAGCAGGCCACUCAGACUGCAAGCCUCCACCGUAUCUACCAGAGGACAACAUGUUCAGCGACUAUGUAAGCGAGGUGGAGAGGACUUUUGGCAACUUGCACCUGAAGGACAGCAACCUGUACCAGGAUCAUUACCUACACCACCAUGGGGGCACGGGAUCUGAACUGGCUCUCGGUAUGUCGGGUCCCCUGCCUAACCGACCUCGUAGCUUAGGGAGUGCCAGCUCAUUGGAGGGUGGGUACGAUUGUGACAGUUUAGGGGGAGGGGUAGCGCCCAUCUUCACCACCCAGCCACGGCAGUCGCUGACACAUCGGAACAGGGAAAAGUUUGACCUGAUUGCAGGUCACCCAACGCAAUCAAGCUUCAAGUCUGGCCUGCCUGAUCUAUAUGGAAAGUUCUCCUUCAAGGGUGGGGCAUCCAGUUCAGGGUUUAUUGCAGGACAUGACAGGUACUGCGGGGGAGGUGGGGUGGGAUCGGGAGGGGACGAUGGAAACAUUCGAUCCGACGUGUCAGAUAUUUCCACUCACACUGUGACCUACGGGAACCUUGAAGGGCACAGCAAACGGCGUAAGCAGUACAGGGACAGCCUAAAAAAGAGACCUGCUUCUGCCAAGUCUCGCCGUGAGCAGGAUGAGAUUGAGCUUGGCUUCAGGAGACGUCCCCACCACACUAUCCAUCAUCAUCACCACCAUCAUCCAGCAACACAAGCACACCGCUCAGCCACCCCACCUGUGGAGCGCAAGAGCCAGAGGGGUGGUAACUGCACCUCCUAUCUCUUCAGAGACAAAGAGAAUUUGAGGGACUUUUAUGUGGACCAGUUUCGAGCCAAGGAAGGCGCAUCCCCAUGGGAUUUGGAUUUAAGUGAUGCUCCUGGAAUGGGUGGAGGAGUGGGACUGGGCGGAGGCAGCUGCGGUGGAGUAGUUAGUAGCGGUGGUGCUGGGGGAGCGUGCACUAGUUUGGUUCCCAUGGAAGAUUUCCUGAAAGGUAAAUCCAAGAAGACAGAAUGUAAGGGUGGAAUGGGAGGAGGAUCACCUGGGCAACAGGGCCAUGCAUGCUGGGAAAAGGGCAUCGGAGGGGUGGGAGGGUUGGCCGGUGGGGAUUGGGAAUGUCGCAGCUGCCACAGUGGAGGAGUUGGAAGUGGAGGAAGCAAGCAAGUUUGCAUGCAUGGGGGAGGCGGGGCCGGGGGCUAUCCAGCGGCUGGGGGAGUUGGGGGAUCCAGUGGAGGGAGUGGACAAAUCUCAAGCCGCCCUAGUUCAGCCACCUGCAAGCGGUGUGAUUCGUGCAAGAAACCAGGCAACUUGUAUGACAUUAGUGAGGACAACCUCCUCCUGGAUCAAAUUGCGGGAAAGCACCCUCUGGAGAGCGGAAAGGGAGGGGGAGGCACAGGGGCCCAAACCCAGGUACAGAGGCGGAAAUUUGGCCCAGGUGGUAAGGUUUUGCGCAGGCAGCACUCUUAUGACACAUUUGUAGAACUGCAGAAGGAAGGGGCGGGCAGGAUGGGUGGGUUUGGAGGCGGUGGUGGAGCAUCAAUGCUUCCUCCACCCCGAAGCGUGAGCCUAAAAGACAAAGACCGCUACAUGGAGGGCGCGAGCCCCUACGCCCAGAUGUUUGAGCAGUAUGCGGGAGGGGAGCGGGAGACAUCAUAUUUUGGGGACAGAGGGAAGGGUGGGGGUUCAUCAUUUAGCUUAUUCCGUGGGGGUGAAGGUGGGUUGCACCGUCGCUCCGUGGGUGAGAGAGACAUGAGGGACAGGGAUAGAGGCAUGAUGGGAGGAGGUGUGGGCGGUACCCGAGGGGUCGGGACUUACUCCUUGUCUAAAUCUCUCUACCCAGAUAAGGUGAACCAGAACCCAUUCAUCCCAACGUUCGGCGACGACCAGUGUCUAUUACACGGCGCCAAAUCAUACUACAUCAAAAAGCAGCAGGCACAGCCGCAGCAGCAACAGACGCCGCAGCAGCAGCAGCAACAGCUCCUCAACAACAGUCGGGCUGACUUCCGGGGCUCCAUGGGGGUGACUUCCUAUUUGCCAGCCUCUGCAACUUCUGGGGUGCUUUCCAAUGUGGCCCCUCGGUUCCCCAAGGAGUUAUGUCUAGGUGGGCCUCUUGGCAACCACCAUGGUGGAGGACCUAGCAACAACAAGCUGCUGUCAGCAAGGGAUGGGUUAGGAAUGGGUCAAGGACAGAGACCAUUUAAUGGCUCGAGCAAUGGACAUGUUUACGAAAAGCUUUCCAGUAUAGAAUCUGAUGUCUGAAAGAGGAAAGACAGAAACAGAUAGAAAUUUGGAAAAUAAGCCAACGGACAUACAGAAUGAUGAUUGAGAGAAAACUGAAAAGGCAGUGUGUAAUUAGUACCUUCAAGCUCACAGAAAGAAGAGGAAGCCGAGUGGGAGGAACUGACUUAUGCUUUCAUUAAGUUACACGGAUCAUGCGCUGCAAAGCAAACGUAUGUAAAUAGAGCGAGGGGACCUGCCCACUGUCGAAAAAGUUGAGAUUUGGGGGAAAAAGCCUGUUCAUUCCUCUCUUUUAUUCUCUUGUUAUUUUUUUCUCUCUUUUUUUUUGUUCUCUUUUUUGUAUAUCUCACAAUUUCCCUGCUCCUAACAUCAAAUAGUGGCCAAUUCAGAUGGAGACAACAGUGUACAAUAAUUUGUACGAUCUCGGAUGGAAAUCAGUUACUCUUUUUAAACAACAGGGUAAAACUUACAAUAAUUGUAUUGAUAAUGUUCUUGAUAAUAAUAUUAUUAUAUAUUAUUACAAUGUUUAUGAUGUUCCAUUUGGGCUUGGUUUCUGGAUGUUUUAUGCUGUUAUAUAUUUGUACUGUAGUUUCAAUUUUUAGUUAACAAACCACUAAGCGGGAGGCUUACUUGAUUUCUCAGUUGAUUAUAUUUGAUUGUUAAUCGAGUUGUAGACAAACUUGGAUUCCAUAAAGGUUCUUAAUUAUUGGUUAUUCAAGUUUAUUUUACCAGUAUGGAGUGCUGUAAAAUGUGUGUACAAGGCAUGAUUUGCAAAGUACGUCAACUGUACUUGAGAUAUCAUUGUGAAGGAAUUGUAUUUAUUUUAUAGUGUUCCGUUUGUAAGAACAAUAUUGGUUUAAUACACAGCACGUUAUGUGCCUUACCAAGACUUACAGAAUACCAGAUUUACAGGUCAUAUUGCCAUGGUAACUUUAUGGUCACUGCACACAGAUUUGUCAAGGGAUGAUUCAUGCUAUUCUGAAAUUUUCCUUUUAAUGAUAUAAGCACUGAUAUGGAAUAUCCAGCAUUGAGGAGACGUAAAGUAGCCUGAAUGUGUUUGUAGUGUUAAUCUCCAAAAGAAAACCAGUUCAAUUACUAUUCUAAUAAAUGAUGAUAAUAGAAACAGGAUAUUUUAUAUUUGCACAGCAUUGUACAAUGCACAGUAUACUUCCUGAGAGUUAUGCUGUAGAGCACUACAUUUGUAUGGCUUUCUACAAUACAGAAACAGAAAUCAGAUAUUUUUUCUCCACUGCCCCCAUUUCCAAAGGAAGUCUUUGAUCAAGCAGCAAAAAUGACAACUGUGUUAUGGAUUUAUUUCCUAGUUAGUAUUAGCUAUGCUUAUCUGUACUUUCCUUAGGGAGAUGCCAGUGCACAGUAUGUAGGGUUUUGCAAAAUUCUCAGAAAAUGCUUGCAUUUUGUUAUGUAAAUAUUCAUUUUUUCCACUCUGUACAGUAAAUAGACAGAAAGGAUGUAAUUCUACAGAUUUAUGUUUUACCAUAUUAGUUAGAAUUUUAAAAGUAUUAAAUUAAAGGUCAACAACCCAACUUUGCUGCAAAUUUUAUCAGUAAAAAAUCAACAAACAUUCACAUACAUUUUAUACAUCCACCCUAUUGUUAUUCAGCCAAAUGCAAUCAUUUACUGUACCUGCACAACAGAACUGAGAUUUUCUAGAUACUGUAGUUUAUGCCAGUCAAGAGUAUUUUAAUAUCAAUUAAGACAUGAUAACGGUAGGGAUGACACCAUUUCAUUUAAUUAGCCAUUUUAAUACCCACUUGAAGUAGAGGCAUUUCUCAGGAAUUUUUGGAUGGGCACAGGCAAAAACAAACAUAUCAUUUAACUAAAUUACCUAAUUACCUAAAUCAAUAAACCAAUGAACUCAUUUAACUGGAGCCACGUGAGGUUCAUUGCAAGUACUUAAGACUCUCGAUUUAAGAAUUUUCAUUUUUAACUCAUGACAGGGCAGUCUGAAGACAUUGUCUUGUUUUUGGCCCACAGCUUAGAUAAAAUCCUUUACUUGAAGUUUGUUGUGUUUACUGCAGAUUACGUUUCCUUUGUGAAUGAACUGUUACGCGAACAGAUCUCCACUUUAAGCACAAUAUUUAUAAUAUUUGGUUUAUAAUUGAUGUAUAGCUAUCAAUUUGUGGAUUUUUAUCUUAACUUUUUUGCCACAUUCUUUUUUGACUCAGUUGUCCUUGUGUGAGGGUUUGUGUUUAAGAUAAGCAUGCAUGUCUUUUACUUAUUUAUUGCCAUAUCUUUAGCUUUUCAUGUCAAAUUUUAGAUAUCAUGCCUGCUUUUUUGUGGGUGAAUAUGUUCAUGAACUGCGCAUAAUACAGGUUCAGGGCGAUACGGGACAUGUGGUGAUUCUAAUGAAAUGAGAUAUUUUCAAAUGGAGUAACAACUCGCUAGGUUUUGUCUGGAGAAUUACCACAGCAGGCAUCAUUUUUAAAGCUCAUUCCUGAAUCUACAGCUAUUUUUUUAGCACAAGGUUUUUUUGCUCUCACGAUACCUUUCUUUGCAUGGUACCAUUUUCAAGUACCCUUAAGAUUUUUUAUGCUUGGUCUACUUUUCUCAUUUUAGUUCUACCUGAACAACGUGGCAUUUUUAAGAGCUAGAGAUGUGGUGACAGACUUCGACCAUUGCAUUUCCUGCCAAACUCUGUGUGUUUUGGAGAGUCGAGCCUAUAAUUUUUAAUAGUACUACUGUGUGUAACGGAAGUAUUGUGUGAUUGCGUGUCUGGACGGUUGCCUUUGCUCGUCCUGAAAAGCUUUCCAGUUUUGUAUUUCAUUUUUUGAAGAUGUGGCCUUGUAAAAGCACGCUAAUAUCAUUCGACAAAGGACAACAGGUUUAGUGCGAGACGACAUUUGCAGCAGAAGACACAAGGGUGGUGGGCCGAAAAACUGGGCGAAAGAGGGAUAGUAGCCAAUGUUCUGUGUUAUUUCAUGGUUUUAUUUCUCCUCUCGUCUCUUUCCCGAUUACUGAAAGGAUAUGAAUACACAAGUUUUAGGUUUGUCAUUUUAGCACCCUCCCCAGUAAGGUACGUCACAUAUGAUUGUACGUGUAUCAGAAAUCAUAUGCUUGAUUACCUCUGUGUGCGAGUGGGCAUGUGUGCGUGCAGGUGUGUAUGUGUGUGUGUGUGAAGGAAACAGAGCACAGUGCAAUGGUUAUCUAUUAUCUCUGCUGUAAAUAAUGAUGUCCCCUUUCCAUAGCCUUUUAAUAUAUGGAGACAAAUAUUUAAAAUAUUGAAAUUUGAGAUACAUUUUUUGUCUGGAAGAUUUUUUAUAUAGCCACAUGGGGAAAACGUUAUUAGACCACUGGACCAGGAGCACAGUGCCAUUCUAAUAGCAUCCGAGAACCAGAAUUCAAGACAAAAUGUACACCUCUGUUGUCUUUAAUUCUGUCCUUCUUGUAUUCUAACCACUUAUUUUCAAUGUUACUUCGAAACCACAAUUGUACAGAUUCUGUAAAUAUGACAGAAAUUGUUUUCCUUUUUUUCUGUUUUUGUAUAGAGAGAGAUUACGUGUUAAGGCUACAAUAAUAAUUUAAUGAGACAUUUCACAAUACUUAAGCUAUUGAGAAUACAGACACAGUGUGAAAACAAGUGCUAAGAUAUAUUCUUCUGUCUCUUUGUACAAAACAGUGUUGACUAAAAACAAAAUAAAAGGGAGAGAUCUCAAGCCCUACAGUCCUCUGUU